AUGUUGGGCAUGAACACCACUUCCCCGCACUGCCCAAUGGAGGCUCAGUGGUUUGUCGGAAUCUACACAGUUGUUAUUUACGCUCCAUUGGCAUUUGUCUAUGUCGUGGUGGCCAGUCUUUUCAUUAAACAUCCAAAUGCAUUUCAUCCACUUUUUGUUAUCUCAUUCUUCUUGAUCCUCCUCGCAUACACGACUUCAAACUUUAUCCUUUUCUUCCGAAACCUUCUGGAAUUUUUCUUCAUUGAUGAAUUAUUAUUCUCAAUUUUGGAAUUUAUUCUUAUCGCUGCUAAUUAUUACACCCAACCGAUUGUUAUCCUUGCACUUCUUGAACGGUUAGCAGCUACCGUAUUUGUGACAAACUACGAGAAAUCAUUACAAUGGAUUCCUUACCUAAUAGGGCAAAUCAUUUGUGUAGUCUUCGUAGUCCUGAUGAGUUUAUCUCAGCACGAAGGCAACUUGAUCAACAAUAUUCAGAUUUGUCUUUCGCUUGUCAUUUGUGUGUGUCUGGUGGCGUUAUUCUUAGUAAAUCGGAAUAAAACUGCGAAUUCGGUGGGGAAAUCUACAUUGACCACUAGGUACCAAUUGGCCGAAAAUAUCAAAGCAUUGAGAAUAUUUGUUCCAUUCAUCGUACUGGACAAUGUCAUUUCAAUUAUGUUCGUUAUCACAAGUUACACUAUUUCAAUUCGUAGGAAGUUCGAUGAGGACGAAUGUAACAAAUCUUCAACCUAUGUGCCGAUUUUUUCAAUUUUAAGAACGAUAGCGAUCCUUAUUCAAAUUUCAAUGGCUGUCAUUGUUGUCUACAUGCAUGAAUCGAUGAAAGUUUCGAGUUUGAGAGACUAUUGUUAUCGGAGAAGUAAUCGGUCAGAAGACAUUAGCGUCACAAUCAACAGACCUGAUAAGCUCAAAAUCAAAAAUGUGCUUGGUAAGAAUAUUGUGGAACGAGAAACUGGAGAGAAUUACUUUGCACAAUUGAGCAAGCAGUGGCAAAAAGUUUAA